ACAUGUUUCAGGUUGUCGGUGUUUUUCGGAAAUGGGUCGAUUUAGCAUGUGUUGGUGUGUUUCAAAUCAUUCGUGGGGCAAGUUGUUGGUAGAGAGAGGAGGACUCAGGGCGACGGUAGCAGCCCUGCCUCGCCAGUGACUAGCGGCAGUGAGAAGCGAUGCUUGGAAGUUGAAAAAAGAGGCCAGUAGAAGACCGUGUGGACUAUACAGUAUCAACAAGCAUGGAGUUCCCUCAACAGCAAAAACCGGCGGGGGACGGGAAGAUCAUCUAUCCACCCGGAGUAAAAGAGAUCACAGAUAAAAUCAGUAAUGAUGAGGUGGUCAAACGAUUGAAGAUGGUGGUGAAGACCUACAUGGACAUGGAUCAAGACUCUGAAGAAGAGAAGCAGCAGUAUCUCGGCCUGGCGCUCCAUCUAGCCUCUGAGUUCUUCCUAAGAAACCCCAACAAAGACGUGCGGCUACUGGUGGCCUGCUGUCUGGCUGACAUCUUCAGGAUCUAUGCUCCUGAGGCCCCCUACACCUCCCACGAUAAACUAAAGGAUAUCUUCCUUUUCAUCACAAGACAGUUAAAAGGGCUGGAGGACACAAAGAGCCCCCAGUUCAACCGAUACUUCUAUCUGCUGGAGAACCUUGCAUGGGUGAAAUCGUACAAUAUCUGCUUCGAACUGGAGGACUGCAAUGAGAUCUUCAUCCAACUUUUCAAAACCCUCUUCUCCGUUAUCAAUAACAGCCACAAUCAGAAAGUGCAGAUGCACAUGAUGGACCUGAUGAGUUCUAUCAUCAUGGAGGGAGACGGAGUCACGCAGGAGCUGCUGGACACCAUCCUCAUCAACCUCAUACCUGCACACAAAAAUCUGAACAAGCAAGCAUACGAUCUUGCUAAGACUCUGCUGAAGCGGACGGUCCAGACUAUUGAGACCUGCAUUGCAAACUUCUUUAACCAGGUUCUAGUGAUGGGGAAGUCAUCAGUCAGCGACCUAUCAGAACACGUCUUUGACCUCAUCCAGGAGCUGUUUGCCAUCGACCCCAUGCUGCUCACCUCAGUCAUGCCUCAACUGGAGUUUAAACUAAAGAGCAACGACGGUGAGGAGCGCCUGGCUGUCGUUCGACUGCUAGCAAAGUUAUUUGGGGCCAAAGACUCGGAGCUGGCCUCCCAGAACAGACCACUGUGGCAGUGUUUCCUUGGACGGUUUAACGACAUCCAUGUUCCAGUCAGGCUGGAGUGUGUGAAGUUUGCGAGCCACUGCCUCAUGAACCACCCUGACCUGGCCCGGGACCUGACAGAGUAUUUGAAAGUGCGUUCCCACGACCCGGAGGAAGCCAUCCGCCAUGAUGUAAUUGUCACCAUCAUCAACGCUGGAAAGAAGGACCUGAACUUGGUCAACGACCAGCUGCUGGGCUUUGUGCGAGAAAGGACCCUUGAUAAAAGGUGGCGUGUGCGUAAGGAGGCCAUGAUGGGCCUGGCUCAGCUUUACAAGAAGUACUGUCUGCACCAUGAGGCUGGAAAGGAGUCGGCCCUGAAGAUCAGCUGGAUCAAAGACAAGCUGCUGCACAUCUACUAUCAGAACAGCAUCGAUGACAAAUUACUAGUAGAGAAGAUUUUUGCUCAGUACAUGGUUCCCCACAGUCUGGACACAGAGGAGAAGAUGAAGUGUCUGUACUACCUGUAUGCCUGCCUCGACACCAAUGCUGUCAAGGCUCUGAAUGAGAUGUGGAAGUGUCAGAACAUGCUGAGAGGACUCGUCAAAGAGCUGCUUGAUCAUCACAAGCUGCCAGCGUCCGAGGCCAAUAACACAGCCAUGUUUGGGAAGCUCAUGAGCAUUGCUAAGAACCUACCAGAUGCUGGGAAGGCCCAGGACUUCAUGAAGAAGUUCAAUCAGGUUCUCAGUGAGGAUGAGAAGCUCAGAGUCCAGCUGGAGAUGCUGAUCAGUCCAACCUGCUCCUGCAAACAGGCCGAGAUCUGUGUGAGGGAGAUUACUCGUAAGCUGACAUUCCCCAAACAGCCCACCAACCCUUUCCUGGAGAUGGUAAAGUUCCUGCUGGAGCGGAUCGCACCGGUUCACAUCGACUCCGAGGCAAUCAGUGCUCUGGUGAAGCUGCUAAACAAAUCCAUCGAGGGAACAGCGGAUGAUGACGAGGAAGGCGUCACCCCUGAUACAGCCAUCCGCUCCGGACUGGAGCUACUCAAGGUCCUGUCAUUUACACACCCCACAGCCUUUCACUCGGCUGAGACCUACGAGUCACUGCUGCAGUGUCUAAAGAUGGAGGAUGACAAAGUGGCAGAAGCAGCCAUCCAGAUUUUCAGGAAUACCGGGCAGAAGAUUGAGACAGAGCUGCAACAGAUUCGAUCGACACUGAUUCCCAUCCUGCACCAGAAGGCCAAACGAGGAACACCUCACCAGGCCAAGCAGGCGGUCCACUGUAUCCAUGCUAUUUUCAACAACAAGGAAGUGCAACUGGCACAGAUUUUUGAACCUCUGUCACACAGUCUGAACGCCGACGUCCCGGAGCAGCUCAUCACUCCUCUCGUCUCCCUGGGCCAUAUAGCCAUGCUGGCUCCAGAUCAGUUUGCAUCACCGAUGAAAUCCAUUGUGGCUAACUUCAUCGUGAAAGACUUGCUCAUGAAUGACAGGUCAGUGGGAAACAAGAACGGGAAGCUAUGGACCGCUGAUGAGGAAGUUUCUCCUGAGGUCUUAGCAAAGGUCCAUGCCAUCAAGCUUUUGGUGCGCUGGUUACUGGGAAUGAAGAACAACCAAUCCAAAUCGGCGAACUCCACCCUGCGCCUGCUGUCGGCGAUGCUCGUCAGCGAGGGAGACCUGACGGAGCAGAAGAAAAUCAGUAAAUCGGACAUGUCUCGUCUGAGGCUGGCUGCUGGGGCGGCCAUCAUGAAGCUGGCGCAGGAACAAUGUUACCAUGAAAUCAUCACACCAGAACAGUUUCAGCUCUGCGGCCUCGUCAUCAAUGACGAGUGCUACCAGGUUCGUCAGAUCUUUGCACAGAAGUUGCACGUAGCUCUGGUCAAGCUGCUGCUGCCCCUGGAGUACUUGGCCGUUUUUGCUCUGUGUGCCAAGGACCCGGUGAAGGAGCGGCGGGCCCACGCCCGACAGUGCCUCCUCAAGAAUAUCUCCGUCCGCAGAGAGUACAUCAAGCAGAACCCCGUCACUCAGGAAAAACUCAUCUCCCUUCUUCCUGAAUACGUGGUUCCUUACAUGAUCCACCUGCUGGCCCACGACCCAGACUUCACCAAACCGCAUGAAUACGAACAGCUGAAAGACAUUAAAGAGUGCCUGUGGUUCAUGUUAGAAGUCCUGAUGACCAAGAAUGAGAACAACAGCCACGCUUUCCUUCGGAAGAUGGUCGAGAACAUCAAGCAGACAAAGGACGCUCAGUGUCCUGAGGAUGUGAAGGCCAAUGAGAAACUGUACAUCGUCUGUGACGUUGCACUAUUUGUCAUCGCUAACAAGAGCACCGCGUGUCACCUGGACUGCCAGAAAGAGCCAGUCUUACCCUCAAAGUUCUUCCUUGUACAGGACAAGGAUUUCAAAAACGAUAAGGAGUACCUCACGGCAGAGAUGAGACAGAUGCUGCUCACUGGAAAGCCAAAACCAGCUCCAGUGUUGGCCGCUGUCAACAAACCUCUGACAGUACCAGGGCGGAGGAUCUUCAAGACCCCCACAGCUUCUGACACAUCCAGGUAAAGAGGAGACCGACGAAGGUGAAAUCAGGACUGUGGAGAAGGGGCCAGAAUUUUCCUCAUAUUCCUGCCUCUACACACCAAGCUCCUGACUCUUAAAGCUUUCUUGGAAAUAUUAUGGACCUUUCUUAAAAUAGACAAUAUACAAACACACACAUACACACACACACACACUAGGUUUGAACAUCUUGUAGUCAUCGAUUGAAGCUCUGUACGUAGGUCUUCAGAUUUUUCCCCCUUUGUGUUUGUUGCUCUUUGCUUUUGUGGAGCCAUUUUUAAGACAAGAAAAAUCAAGAUGGACAUUUUACAAGAAUUUUAAUCUGAUAAUAAUUGUUGCCUACUAAAUUUCCUGGGAAAACUCCCCUCACCGAGUCUCCACGUCUUCCUCCUUGUGUCUGCAGCACGUUUCCUCCCAGCUCACUAGUUUCGGUUGUAAAUACACACGCGUGACAUUCCAGGUCAAGCUUUCUAAACCUCACGAUUGCAGCGAAUCACAGAAAUAACGGGACACCGAGGCCUGCUAGAGUGCUUCCUACAACCUUUAGGUUCACUCCCAACUGAUCAGUUUGUUUUCUAACACAAAUACUCCUCUGUGAAAUGGUUUACUAUAAAGUAUGUGAGUGGAGAUUUGUUCCUAUUUUUUAUUAAAUACGUUUUUUUUUUUUGUA